AUGAAAGAAUUUUCUUUUCGUUUGAAAAAGUUGUCUGACUGUCUAGUUUUUCAUGCGGCAAACGGCUACGACGUUCCAGCCUGGUCUAAAAACGAAUCAUUGAUGUUCGAUAUGAAAAAGUUAUCUUGGUUUGGUUUAGCAGCAAAGUUUGGCAUAGAACCGCCAAAUGAACUGCUGCUAAGAUUAAGAGGCGGCAGUAUAUUACGUGGAGUAACAAAUGCUUUAGAAGAGCAGCUAAACUGUCAUUCGACAAAGAAAGAAAAUGAAUGUGGCCCAUACUUCUUUGGACUAUCAGCUCACGAUAUUACUAUCGCUGCACUGAUAGGAACAUUUCCGGACCGGUAUAAGAUACUUGGCGAUACUCCAAAAGUCGAAUAUGCAGCUCAUAUAGCGUUUGAAAUGUGGAAAGUUGACAACGACUUUAGACUCAAGAUUAUGUAUGCAAAUUCGAUAGAAGAUGAAGCUAAAGAUGUAACUCAGUAUGCACCCGGAUGUGCUGAACUAAUUAACGGUUUAUGUGAUUUGAAGACAUUCUUAAAUGCUACAGAACCGCUGUCGCCACUCAAUCCACUAGAAGAAUGUAGCAGACUUAAAGGUAACAAUUUGUUAUUGUUCAGAUAGAU